ACAUAGCAUAAGCAUAAGAAAAAUACGCAAUCUACACAAGUACGCAUAGCUAGAGUCCUACGCAUAGCAUAACUUCACUCCAAUCAGAGACUGAAGAAGAACCUCCUAACCUAAAUAUUAUUGACAUUUGUCAAAAGCGAGAGAAGUACGAGAAGUGCGCACAAUAGAACACAUAUUAGGAAGAAUUAAAGAAUAAUAUUAAGAAUCUUAAAUAUUAAGAAUCGAAAAUACAAAUAAUAAUUAAACGUAACGCACAAUGGAAAAGAAUAAAAUAUAAGAUAAAUAUAGGAAGAUAAAGAUAGGAACACUCCUUUAUUACAGGAUAUUUCUGUAUUUAUAUAGCAUAAUAUUUAAUAUUUAUUCUUAUUCUUAAUAUAUGCUUUAUUGUGUGAAGGGCCUUUUGUAUUAAAUAAUUAGAACUUUCAGUUGGAGACGCGGCGAUAUUCUAAGUUGUUACCAAAGAGAAAGUUAAAUCGGCCAGGACAGUGCUUUCCUCAAAUAUCGUUUAAUAUAAUGGACACGGAUGACCCGGACGAUUAUAUCGCACUUAUCGCAGUAAUAGCGUGUUAUAAAAUUUUACGAAAACAGCUAAAAGAAGAUCCAGUAAUGUUCUUCAAAUAUACUCGAAUGAAUGUCUCUACUUUUUAUAAAUUAAUAGAUCUAUUGCGACCUCACGUACAAAAGAACAAUUGGAGAGCAUUGUCAGCAGAACAACGGAUUCUUAUUAUGCUCAGAUAUCUUGCGACAGGUGAUCAAAUAUCUUCAAUUGCCUUUGCGCAUAGAAUAGGAGAAUCGACUGCUUACAACAUUAUUAAAGAAACAUGCAGAAUAACAGUAAAAGUUUUAAGCCUCAUAUAUUUAAAGUCGCCUACAGAAGAAAAAUGGAAAGAAAUAGUUGCUGGAUUCUCAAAUCGUUGGAAUUUCCCCAAUUGUCUUGGAGCAAUCGACGGGAAACAUUUUACCAUCAAAGCACCACCAAAUUCCGGUAGCCUGCACUUUAAUUAUAAGAAGUUUUUCAGUAUUGUAUUAUUAGCUGCAUGCGAUGAUCAGUAUAAAUUUACAAUAGUAGACUGUGGCGCGUAUGGUAGUGCAAGUGAUGGCGGUAUAUUCGCACAAUCUGAUUUUGGGAAAUGCUUAAAUGAUGAUAAUCUUAAUAUACCCGUCGAAAAUUCUAAGUUACCCUUAUCUGAUAUAGAAAUGCCUCAUUAUUUCGUGGCUGAUGAGGCAUUUCCAUUAUCCAAACGAAUAAUGCGGCCUUAUCCUGGGCAUUUUCUAAGUGAGGCAAAGUCUAUAUUUAAUUAUCGAUUAUCUAGAGCCAGACGUGUUAUUGAAAAUACGUUUGGUAUUCUUGUCUCAAGAUGGAGAGUUUUUCAACGCUGCAUAUGUAUGAAUCCUGAGCACGUAGAUGUAAUAAUUAUGGCGGCAGUAAAUGUGCAUAAUUUUUUAAUGACGCAAAAUAAUAGUGCACCUAAUGUAGAAAAAAUUUACUGUCCUCCGAAUUAUGUUGACAAUGAAGAUAAUAUAGGACAUGUUAUACAAGGUGAAUGGAGAAUAGGUUUAAAUAAUGCAACUAAUUUGCGACCUACCAAUGUACGUAGAGUAGAGGGCCUCUAGAUACGAGGGGCGCAAACUGAUUGACUUGAAAUUGCUGCACAAAAGAAUAAAGCAUGCAACAUGGCGAUCAAUACCCAGUAAACACAAAGUAACUAUAAUAUAAUUGUUAUAUUAUAAUUUUCCACUCAAUAAUAUAACUGUAAUAUAACAUGCCUUGUACAUAACAGUUAUAUUGUUGAGUAAGAAAUUAUAACAAAACAGUUAUAUUAUUGUUACUUUGUGUUUACUGGGUAGUUAUA